AUGUUAGAUCAAAUCAUCAUCAAAUUUAUACCCCAGGUUGUCAGCUUGAAAUCCCAUUCAGAUAUGUCAAAAAACGAGCUUCCUCCUCCUGAUCAGAUCCCUCAAGCUCCUUCGGAUCUCUCAUCCAUCAGUGGUUUCGAAUGGUGGCGUAGAACCCUUCAAUAUAAGACCGGGCUUGGCUUAACUCCAACUGACAAAACCCAAUAUGAGAAUGACUUAGCUUACAAGCUCAACGAAGCCAACUGUCAGGCGUGUAACGAAUACAAAAACUGGAUCUUCAACUACUCUCCAACUGUUCGUUUCCUCACCUCCGAAAUCACCAAAGUCGACCCUUCGAAAACCAUCUCCAGGGAUAACGUUCAUUGUGACUUCUGUCCGGAUUGGACUCGUGCCGGGGGGUACCAUCCUGAACUUGGGAUUCUCGUUUGUCAAAAUAGAAUAAUCAAUAAAUUCCAUAUGGAAGACACGCUAUCUCACGAGUUGGUCCACGCCUACGAUGAUGCGAAAUUCCAAGUCGAUUGGAUGAAUUUGCGCCAUCACGCGUGUAGUGAAAUAAGAGCCAGUUCGCUCAGUGGAGAAUGUCGAUUCUGGAAUCAAUUCAAGCAAGGAGCAAUCAAAAAUGUCAGCAGAGGACACCAGGAGUGUGUGAAACGUAGAGCAGUACUAUCGGUAAUGGCCAAUCCAAAUUGUAAAGACAAAGAGAUGGCAGAGCAGGUGGUGAAUGAUGUUUGGGGAUCGUGUUUCAAUGAUACUAGACCAUUUGAGAGAAUUUAUAGAUGA